AUGCUUGUCGACGCUCCUCGUGAUUAUAUGCUGGCUAAGGUCGUAAACGUCCUCGGACGCACGGGUAACACGGGUAAUGUCACUCAAGUACGUGUGGAGUUCUUGCAGGAUGAUAAGCGUAAGAUUAUCCGUAAUGUCAAGGGUCCUAGGUCAUAA